GUCACCAUCCCUGUGUCCUUGUCAUUAGACAACACACCCUGUGGAGGUAAACUGCUGGUACACCUGAGUAUCAGCUGUCACCGGAGAGACACAACAGAGAGUUAAACAUCUGCGCUUACAGCAUUCAAGAAGUCCAGCUCCACUUGCACAAACCCUCCCAUCCCAUGGGACAUACCUGUAUCACAUGAUGAGAUCAUGCUACUUAUUCUUACUGGUUUACCUACUGGGAAACUACUACGGAACAACAAAUGCACAAAGAAAUGUAUCCUGCGUUACAGGACAAACAUGUGGACAGGAGGGGGAGGCCGGAAACCACAAAACACCCAGGACUACAAAUACCAUCAAUAAAUUAUCAGUGAUCGAUCCGGCUUCAUACUUCCUCCAAUGUGUGGGGCUGCAGUCGACAGACACAGGGAGAGACCACAUGAGGAGGCUGAAACAAAUACUGGAGGCUUUGAUGGACGUGUACACCUUCAUGCGAUCCAGCAUGACAGGGGUACCACUCCUGAGUUUUCAGGGUGUGCUGGACUUCAACCAUGAGCCAGACCCUCUGCAGAAUGAAGCCCUGGUUGAGAUGUGGCUCGAGGUCAAGAUCAAACCACUGCUCAAAUCCAUCACCAAGCACUUCCUGUCCUGCCUCAGCACCAAGAACUUCAGCUGCUCCACCUACCAGAUGAUGGUAAAGGAGUUCAGUCACCACUUCUCUGAGAUGAAUCCAGUGAGACAGAAGUGGAUCUACACAUUCUUUAUGUACCCCUUCCUGUCUGGACACAGAGUGGCUGGUUGUGUGAAGCGGGAUGAAAACAGUGAGGACUGGCUGAUGAAGAAUUUUGGUGCCUUCAGUGUCAUGGCCCGAGUGAAGGACUUUUCAACGCUCAACAUGGUCUUCAGUGGACUGGAAGUUCUCCACCUCCUGUCUCCAGCUCAGAAAGCUGAGCUCCUACUGAAUCCCCACAUUGCGGGUUUGGAUAAUGACACCUUAAGCCUGGUCUUCCAUAGUUUGAUGACAGGGGGCUCUGGUCCUCGUUCCACCAUGAACCCCGGAGGACACCACAACUGGACCACCCCUGGACAUCACUAUGGAACCACCAUGAGUCCAGGAGGACAUCACACUCCGACCAGCCCUGGACAUCCACUUACCUACCCUGGAGGACCCAAACGUGACCCAUACAGACCACCAUCACCACAUCACAGUUUAAACCAGAUUUCAUCUGUUUUCGGGGAUGUUUUCAGACCAGUCAGCAGCUUCGUUCAUGGCUUUGUGUCCUUCACAAAACAGAGGAAUAUGUCAGAAAUAAGAAGCACCACUCUGACCCAGUUCCUGCUCAACUGGACUCUGGCGGAGCUGGCCCAGAUGUACAGGCUGGAGAACACAUCAGUUCCUCCAGAAAGGCCUCAGUUCGAUGUGACCAAUGUGGAGGAUUGGUAUCAACAUGUGGUGAUGCCGGUGUUACGGAGGUUCCUGAACAAUGAUCAGGACCUGAUGCAUCAAAACCUCACAUAUGCCUUCCACCAUCUGUUCUAUUUGGACAAAGAGUUGGACAGUGGUGAAGAUAAUCAAACCUCUGAGAUCCAGGACGUCUGCAGCAUCAGACUUGAUAAGCAUCCAUGUGGGUUGACUGAUGCGGUGGUACACGUGGCCCGUGUUGUGCACUGUGCUGCUCGGACUAAUCUGACCAUGUCUGAGGACACGGUCAUGACACUGGUUACACAGCUGACACGACGUCUGAACUUAUUGAUAGGAGAGUUUGCCACAGCGAACUUCACAGAGUUGGCUUCGGAGUUUCGGGAAAUCUUCAGUGAGACCGAGCCUCCAUCUCUGACCCAGGAACACCUGAACGACCCAGACUUCAUCCAACUCUGGUUUCAGAUCAAACUGUUGCCUCUUCUACCUGAUGUCCCCAUAGACCUCCUCUUCUGCCUCAGCACCAAGAACUUCACCUGCCCCGUUUACCAAACCAUUGUGGAAGCCCUUGGCAAACAAAUGAGUUUCAUGGACGCAGGUCCGAUGUACAACCAUAACAUCUAUGGACACUUUAUAUAUCCCUUCCUGCUGCAUCACAACACCUCUGACCCCCAGUGUGUAUCCUCAGCAAAUAACAGUGCAGAAUGGCUACAAAAGAACAUUGGUUUCUUCUCGGUAUUUGGAUCUGUCACUGACUUCUACCAGCUGAACCCACAUUUCUCUGGGCUGGAGACCCUUCCACUCCUCUCACCAAAGCAGAAAGCACAGAUGCUGCUGCUGCCUCUUCCUCAUCAAUCAGACAAAGACGUCGUAAUUGACCGAGUGUUUGACUUCCUGUUGGAAUCCCCCGAAGACAGGAAGUAUCCAGAGGUCCUCCACUAUCUGGUCCAUCUCGCCAUGCAGGUUGGUGCCCCCUGUGCUGUCUACAGAAACAUUUUUGAGCAGUUGUACAGAGCCAUCCCAUCUGUGCCCCCAGCCAUGGAACCCGUCACCUGGACUACAAUAGAAAAACUGAUAAAGAUCGCGCCAGAAAAGUGUGUGCCAGAAAAUAUUACGUGCCCAGUCACCCAGUUCAAUGAACAUAACACCUGCAAAGGACACAACAGCUCUCACCUCGAGUCCUACUUGAACCAGUCGGCCUCUCACAUGAACCUUCUCUGUAGUUUUCCCUUGGAGAAAUAUGCAUGUGCUAAGCUGGAGAACUUCACAGCCCACCAGCUGGCAGUUCUGCUCCAGUGUGAUCUGCCUGGAAACAGCAGCCACUCCAAAGUGGUGUGGAAGAUGCUGCUCACCAAGCUCUCAUUUAUCCUGGACCCAGCCCUGGACAUCCUGGCUGACAUGUCGAUGACCACGAUGAGCCCAUCAGCGUCUCAGAUACUGGACGUGAUUGGAGAGAUCAGAGUGUCGACAAUGACAGAUGAGCAGCUGAGGAACAGCAGUGUCAUCAGGCUGUGGUUCUCCAGUCGUCUGAGAGCGUUCCUGCCCGCUGCAUCAGAGAUGUUCCUGCACUGUCUGAUCCGCAGGAACAUGAGCUGUCACUCAUAUCAGCAAAUACUGCAGGUGUUCAGCCAUCUUGCUGCUAACAUGACAGAAGAACAACAACAUGUGGUCCUAGAGGACUUUAUCCUCGUAUUCCUGUCUCAGAAUCAAACAGGUCCAGGCUGUGUGUCUGGCUUCAAUAGCAGCGAGUGGCUCAAGAAGAAUUUGGGUCCAUUUUCCAAAUUUUUGUCGCUCAUACAUCUGCUGCAUCUCAACCCAGCCUUCAACCCUCUGGAAGCCCUACAGCUCUUGACUCCAAAGCAGAUUGCAGAGAUGUUGAUGUUGAAUCUUCCUACUUUACCAGAGAAAAACACACUUAUCAAUAUUCUGUUUGAUUACCUGACUGAGUCUCCAGGACAGAUGAAGUUUCAGAAGUUCCUGUCCUUCCUUCCAAUGGUCGUGGCACAGGGAAAUUUUUCCUGUUCAUCGAUCAAAACACUGUUUACCAGAAUGGACCUGGCCAUGGCAACGGCUCCUCUCAAUACAGCUUCAACCAUCAGCUACAUCAAGUUGACCUUAUCUAAGAACAUACCUCUAGGUUGCAUCAUAUACAGUGGACAGUGCAAUGUCACUUUGACAAACGAGACAGACAUUUGUGUUGGAGUGAACAGUACAAUGCUUCAGCUCCACCUUGACAACGGGCAAAUGGACGGUCGCUUCUGUGAUUUCCCUGUUGAGGAAUUCGCUUGUGCCUCGCUUUCAGCUUUAACAGCACAGGAUCUGGCAGAGAUGUUAAAGUGCAGCCGUUCCUCCAACUCCAGUGGUUCCAGGGCUGAAUGGAAACUCCUCCUCACCAAAGCCUCCCAUGUGCUGGAUGAUGCUCUGGAUCUUUUAGCUACCAUGAUGCUGGAUCCCACACAACCUGCUGUAUCACUGGUUUUGGACGCUAUUCGAGAAAUCCGACUGGAUUCCUUCAGCGUGUCCAACCUAAAUCAUCCUGCCAUCAUCAAGUUGUGGUUCAAGCACAGACUUGGCCAGUUCUUACCUGCUGUUUCCAAAGACUUCCUGUCAUGUCUUACCACAAGGGGUUUGAACUGCAGCACCUACCAGCAAAUACUGCAGGUGUUCAGCCAUCUUGCUGCUAACAUGACAGAAGAACAACAACAUGUGGUCCUAGAGGACUUUAUCCUCGUAUUCCUGUCUCAGAAUCAAACAGGUCCAGGCUGUGUGUCUGGCUUCAAUAGCAGCGAGUGGCUCAAGAAGAAUUUGGGUCCAUUUUCCAAAUUUUUGUCGCUCAUACAUCUGCUGCAUCUCAACCCAGCCUUCAACCCUCUGGAAGCCCUACAGCUCUUGACUCCAAAGCAGAUUGCAGAGAUGUUGAUGUUGAAUCUUCCUACUUUACCAGAGAAAAACACACUUAUCAAUAUUCUGUUUGAUUACCUGACUGAGUCUCCAGGACAGAUGAAGUUUCAGAAGUUCCUGUCCUUCCUUCCAAUGGUCGUGGCACAGGGAAAUUUUUCCUGUUCAUCGAUCAAAACACUGUUUACCAGAAUGGACCUGGCCAUGGCAACGGCUCCUCUCAAUACAGCUUCAACCAUCAGCUACAUCAAGUUGACCUUAUCUAAGAACAUACCUCUAGGUUGCAUCAUAUACAGUGGACAGUGCAAUGUCACUCUGACAAACGAGACAGACAUUUGUGUUGGAGUGAACAGUACAAUGCUUCAGCUCCACCUUGACAACGGGCAAAUGGACGGUCGCUUCUGUGAUUUCCCUGUUGAGGAAUUCGCUUGUGCCUCGCUUUCAGCUUUAACAGCACAGGAUCUGGCAGAGAUGUUAAAGUGCAGCCGUUCCUCCAACUCCAGUGGUUCCAGGGCUGAAUGGAAACUCCUCCUCACCAAAGCCUCCCAUGUGCUGGAUGAUGCUCUGGAUCUUUUAGCUACCAUGAUGCUGGAUCCCACACAACCUGCUGUAUCACUGGUUUUGGACGCUAUUCGAGAAAUCCGACUGGAUUCCUUCAGCGUGUCCAACCUAAAUCAUCCUGCCAUCAUCAAGUUGUGGUUCAAGCACAGACUUGGCCAGUUCUUACCUGCUGUUUCCAAAGACUUCCUGUCAUGUCUUACCACAAGGGGUCUGAACUGCAGCACCUACCAGCAAAUACUGCAGGUGUUCAGCCAUCUUGCUGCUAACAUGACAGAAGAACAACAACAUGUGGUCCUAGAGGACUUUAUCCUCGUAUUCCUGUCUCAGAAUCAAACAGGUCCAGGCUGUGUGUCCGGCUUCAAUAGCAGCGAGUGGCUCAAGAAGAAUUUGGGUCCAUUUUCCAAAUUUUUGUCGCUCAUACAUCUGCUGCAUCUCAACCCAGCCUUCAACCCUCUGGAAGCCCUACAGCUCUUGACUCCAAAGCAGAUUGCAGAGAUGUUGAUGUUGAAUCUUCCUACUUUACCAGAGAAAAACACACUUAUCAAUAUUCUGUUUGAUUACCUGACUGAGUCUCCAGGACAGAUGAAGUUUCAGAAGUUCCUGUCCUUCCUUCCAAUGGUCGUGGCACAGGGAAAUUUUUCCUGUUCAUCGAUCAAAACACUGUUUACCAGAAUGGACCUGGCCAUGGCAACGGCUCCUCUCAAUACAGCUUCAACCAUCAGCUACAUCAAGUUGACCUUAUCUAAGAACAUACCUCUAGGUUGCAUCAUAUACAGUGGACAGUGCAAUGUCACUUUGACAAACGAGACAGACAUUUGUGUUGGAGUGAACAGUACAAUGCUUCAGCUCCACCUUGACAACGGGCAAAUGGACGGUCGCUUCUGUGAUUUCCCUGUUGAGGAAUUCGCUUGUGCCUCGCUUUCAGCUUUAACAGCACAGGAUCUGGCAGAGAUGUUAAAGUGCAGCCGUUCCUCCAACUCCAGUGGUUCCAGGGCUGAAUGGAAACUCCUCCUCACCAAAGCCUCCCAUGUGCUGGAUGAUGCUCUGGAUCUUUUAGCUACCAUGAUGCUGGAUCCCACACAACCUGCUGUAUCACUGGUUUUGGACGCUAUUCGAGAAAUCCGACUGGAUUCCUUCAGCGUGUCCAACCUAAAUCAUCCUGCCAUCAUCAAGUUGUGGUUCAAGCGCAGACUUGGCCAGUUCUUACCUGCUGUUUCCAAAGACUUCCUGUCAUGUCUUACCACAAGGGGUCUGAACUGCAGCACCUACCAGCAAAUUUUGCAGAUUUUGAGUGGUUUCAAGUCACAUAUGCCACUGCCCACACAGAUGCUCGUCUACACACACUUCAUUCAGGUUUUCCUGACCAGGAAUGACACUGCAGACCCCUACUGCAGUUUGCACAUUAACAACAGUGGUGUAUGGCUGCAGAAGAACUUGGGGGCUUUCUCUGAUCUUGUGACCUUCAAUGACCUACUGAAGCUCUACCCUGACUUUUCAGCGAUGGAAGCCCUGCAACAAAUGACAGUCCGACAGCUAGCAGAGGUGGCUUCAACACCCAAUCAGCUGGCAUCUCCUGCCCAGGUCGUCAUGGUGAUGAAUCAUGUACCCAAUAACCUGUUUGCUGCCUUUUUUGAUGACUUUUCACCUGCCAUCAUGGGUCAUGAAAACAUGAUUCCUCAUAUGGUGAGGUCAGCCAUAUUAGGAGUUGUGUUCCAACGAGGGAACCUCUCCCAUCACUCAGUGGGAGACUCAGCUGUGUUAGUGUGGCUCCAUAACCGCCUGCGGCCCCUGCUGGUUGGACUGGACUCAAACCAGGUCGCACCAUUCUUCAACAUUCUCUUAGGAAGAAACUGCAGUACCGAACAACAGGGAAUACAAGUCCUGAAUUCUACUAUUUCAUCUCUGAGUGAAGAUACAAAGAAGCAAAUCCAUGACCACAUUAUUGAGACACUUAAAGGAGGAACGCCUCUCCGUUGCUACGGUAACAACUACAACCACAGUUUCUAUGGUUUCCUGGAGAGCCAGUUCAUGGGAUUUCAGUUCCCCAACCUGACCUCCUUUGUGUCGCUGAUGCCUCAUGACAGAAUGCCUCUGCUGCUGAACUCGAUGCCUCCAUCAGAUCUUGGUGCUUUCCUCCGUCGUCCUGAUACCGUAGAUAACGAUGCAAUGCUCUGUGCGAUCUACCACAACUACGACAAGACACAGAUAUUCCUGGAGGAAGAGGAUCUUCCGGUGGAUGUACAGAGGCCCACACUGCCUUGCGUCUGGCCCAUGGCUCUCACCAGCACCAAGAGGUCAGAGGUCAAUGCAUGGUUUGACCGAAGCCUCCGCCACUACCUGACCUUCCUCACCAAGAGUCUGAUCAGCCCGAGCAGCACAUACAAUGCAUCCUGUCUGGCCUUUCAAAAGCUGGUCUCGGUGAUGGGCAACUACAACUAUACUGCUGCAGACUUUGUUAGUCGAGAUAUGUUUGAUACGAUCAGAGUGUACCUCACCUCAGCUUCCAACCCAAGGUGUUACAAUGCCACUGAUCCAGAGCUGAACUCCACUGCCUGGUUUGCUGAGUACAUUGGAUUCUUCUUUCAGUUUCUCACUCUGGAGGAUCUGCUGAUGCUUGGAUCUUCAGGGGUGAUCCAAGUGUUCACCGUCAACCCUGCAAACAUCGCUCUCCUCAACCACUCCUCCUUACCUCUGAACCUCACCAACUACUACACGGAGCUCAUUUAUCUACAGGACAGCAACUUCAAUCCCUUAAUACUUCCUCUGAUAUGUCGCUGUGUUGCUCCUGGUCCAGCCUUUAUGCAACUGACAGCAGCACAAAGUUUAGAAAUUCUGUCCAACCUGACCAUGCUGUGUACAGACCUGGACCCACAGGUCGCUGCUGCUUUGUCAGGGAACUUUGGUGACAACAUUGACUCCUCUACCAUCUCCGCCCUUGGAAUGGAAAGCAACGGCCUUUCCACCGGUCAGAUUAACAUGAUCAAAGCUAAAGACCUGAUGGCUUCCCUCAGCAUACUCAGCCGCGUUACAGACUGGAAUGAAGGCCAAGCAAAGGCCAUUAUCCGGAUUCUGAUGACCACAAUGACGAUCAACAACGCAUCGUCUUUGCUCAUGCUGGGCUCUCUCAUUGGGGGCGUUCCGUCAUCAGUCAUCAUCAACAUCAGCGGCUCCCAGCUUCUAAAUGCAGGCGGAAAUAAUGCGUUCGUUACACACUUGAUAUCUGCUCCACAGAUCAUACAGCAAACUUUUGUUGCUAUGAUUGUUAAAAUAAAUGAAAACAGUGAAGUGAUUGUUGACAACGUCCCUGAUGAUUUGGCCUCUGAGAUCCCUCGGGCUUCGCUGCUGGGCUUCUCGGGUACCAGCAACUUCCUCAAGAUCAACAAAAAGAAAUGGAAACGCCAACAGGUUGAGCUGUUCUUUGGUGUUGUUGCUGUAGAAAAUGCGACCUCAGCUGUGGGAGGAACCGCCAAUUUGUCGUCCUCAGUGCUUCAAGGGUUCACAUGCACUGCAGUGAGGACUAUCCAGGAGGUGCAAAUCAAGAGACUGAUCAAAGCCUGUCGCAGGAAGAAUAAGGUCACCCUGGUGGAAACUCAGUUGACCUGCAUGUACAACUACAUCAGAGGUGACUCCGACGUCACCAGCUUUGAACUCUUCCCUCAAGACGUGCUGCUGUAUUACGAUUACUCCCUGGUUCCACAGAGCAAGUGCAGGUCGUAUUUUGAACAGCUGUCAGAUGCAGAUUUCUCCGUCUUCUCCAACGUCCUCAGCUACAAACGAACCGCUCUGUUUGACAACGCACGGAGCUGCUUGGGUAUAACAAACACCAGCUUGACUGAGGAUAAUAUAUCAGUGUUGGGAAACAUGUGCUGCACCCUGGACGGUGCCUAUAUUGAAAACUCUGAUCCGUCAAUCUUGGAGAAACUAAACAACUGUCCCGAACUCAGCAACGCUCAAGCAACCGCUGUUGAAACUCUGCUGGUGAGCGGGAGAACGAAGUAUAGAGCUGUGUCAACUUGGAAUGAACAGACCUUGAGAGACCUUGGGAUGCUACCGCUCUACAUGACUUCAACAUUCUAUGAUCAUUUUCCUAAAAAAACAAAGAAGACAUUCUUAAAAUACUUCCUGAAAGUUCUUAAGAGCAACAAAGUGCCCAGAAGGAAGAGGAGGCAGCUGAAGAAAGAAGUGAGAAUGUCAAUUAAAACCAAGACCAAGCGAUCAGUAGAAUGUACGGUGGGAGUGAUCACCCAGGUGACGAUCAGUGAUGAAACCUUCCCCUUCGACUACGACGACAUAAACCAGUUUGAUUCCUGCCUCAGUAACACAACCGUUAAAAACAACUUGGCUGCCAUCACUGAUAAGGUGGACGAUAAAGACUACCUGAGGAUUGUCCUGAGGAAGCUACGUGAGGCUUAUUCUACCGGUGCUUCAGCCUCGAUCCCUGAAGAUCAGGUUCAACUCUUGGGACCAGCAGCUUGUGUGGCCACAGUUGAAGACAUCAAUGUGUGGACUAUCACUACAAUUGACACCCUGUCUGCUCUGAUGGACCCGUCAGAUGGGACUUGGGACCCGAGUCUGGCUAAGGCUGUCAUCACUAAGUAUCUGAGUAUUGAUGGGAACAGCCUUGGUACUGCAGAGCUAAAUGCCCUCGGAGGAGUCAACCUGUGCUCUCUAGACGUUGAUGUUUUGAAGACGAUUACCGAACAAAGCCUUAAAGAUGCAAAUGAACUGGAUGUGUCGAACUGCACUCUGGAGAAAAAGAAAGCCCUGUUCGACAUCGCCGUAAAAGCAUUUAAUUCCAACACGCGCUCAACUGUUUCAGUUCCCUCCUACCAGCUCUCGAAGAGUUACCUGGGGGGAGCUUCACAAGAGUAUAUCAGAAGCUUGGUGCCUGCCGAUGUAAAUAUGGACAUGGCAACAUUCACCAGUCUGGAUGAAAACGUUGUACUGAACCUGACUGUUGACGAAGUUGGUGGUCUUCUUGGCACCAACAAGCCAGAACUGAAGUCCUAUGAAAAUCAGAGCCUGGUACAGAACUGGAUUAGUAGGCAGUUGCAGACUGACCUGGACAAACUGGGAGUGGGUCUCACCGGAGGAAUAGUUCGGGUCGUAACCCCCACCAACACCACAGUGACCUCCAACUCAGUCACUGUGACACCCAGCCCUGGUGCCACCUCCAACACCAAAGCUACUGCAGCUCCUGUUACUUCUACUAUUACCACCGCCAAACCGCCUUCAGCCACUACUGCAGGAUCUGCCACCACAGGUAAUGGUCCUCGUCUCCGACCAGACCUUGGUUUAUCCGUCAUCGUUCUUUUUGUGCUCAUCGCUACUUCUCAGCUCAUUUUUGACUGAAAAAAGGGACUGCUUGAUGCGACAGUUUCUAAUGAUACAAAAUUGUGUAUUUAUCACAGGUAGAAGGAAAUAUUGUAAAAACAACAAUGCUUAUAGGCAGAGUUAACUUAGAUCACAAUACAGGCCUAUAUAUAAAAGAGCAUUUGCUAAUGCUACAUGUCCAAUAACGUUAGAUCAUCAGAGACAAACAUAUUUUUGAAAUGAAACUUUUACAUAUGUACAUUGUUCUCAUGUUCAUUUAUUUUUAGUACUUUCUCUUUUUAUUUCAGCUGUGUAAUUGUUACAAAUGUUCAGAUGAAGGUUUAACAGAAAACGUAUGAAGGUGACAAUCAGUUCAGGUAAUCCUAUGAAUCCAUUUGUAACAAAACAGACAAUAUAUUUUGUAAUACAGACUCUGUAUCCGAUACAUAACAAAUGCAGGUUAAUUUGCACUCCGUAUGAACUUUCAUCACUUGCUUCCUUUUAAUUUUUAUAAUUCAUGGUUUGAGGGUAACAUAUUUUCAUCUGUACUGUUUCACCUUAACAAUAAAUCCAUUAAAAAAA